GCAGGCCGCCAGGAGCUGAGCUGCUCUCUCAAAGUUCCCCCCUCGAUCAUCUGAUCGACCACUCGAUCAAUUACUCAACGCCAGUUCCAACAGAAGGGAGCUCACACAGGAGCCAUGAGCGGGACCAAGGUCUUGCUCCUGGUGCUUCUGGUUGGAUGGGAGAAGUCGCUGGGUCUCAACUGGAACCCGGUCCCCCGCAAAACUGUUCGAUACCACGAUGUGUUGGACAGCAUGGCGAGGUUCAGCGUCCAGGGAGUCUGCAACUACAGCAUGCUGACUCUGUCCGACCACGAGAGGGUUCUGUACGUCGGAGCGCGGGAGGCUUUGUUCGCCCUGGACCCCAACGACAUCAGCAGACAGCUCCGACCACAGAUCGACUGGCCCGCUCCACAGGAUAAGAAGAGGGAGUGUGUCGCCAAAGGGAAGAACAACCAGACCGAGUGCUUCAACUACAUCCGCUUCCUGCAGAGCUACAACCACACGCAUCUCUACACCUGUGGCACCUACGCCUUCCAGCCUAAAUGCACCUACGUGAAUGCUGAUUAUUUUGCCCUCAACACGGCCGCCCUGGAAGAUGGCAAGGGUAAAUGUCCAUAUGACCCUGCCAAGGGGCAUACAGGCCUGAUAGUGGAUAAGGAGCUGUACUCUGCAACACUCAACAACUUCCUGGGUACAGAGCCAGUCAUCCUGAGGAAUCUGGGCCAACAGCACUACAGCAUGAAGAGUGAAUACUUGCCUGCUUGGCUCAAUGAGCCGGACUUUGUGGGUUCGGCCCUGGUGAGGGAGAGCAGUGGCAGCAAAGAAGGCGACGACGACAAGAUCUACUUCUUCUUCAGCGAGCGGGCGCUGGAGCUGGAGUGUGACACCGAGCUCACUGUGGCCCGAGUGGCCCGCGUCUGCAAGGGGGAUCUUGGUGGUACCAGGACCCUGCAGAAGAAGUGGACCACCUUCCAGAAAGCCCGGCUGGUGUGCUCCCUCCCCGAGCGCCACGUCGCCUUCAACAACCUCAGGGCCGUGUUCACGCUGCCGGGCCAGGACUGGAAGGGAACCACCUUCUACGGCAUCUUUCACGCCCAGUGGGGCGACGUGGACGUGUCGGCGGUGUGUCAGUACCAGAUCAGCGACGUGAAGAAGGUGUUUGAAGGAUCCUACAAGGAGUACAGAGAGGCAUCACAAAGGUGGGGACGCUACACCGGAGCUGUGCCCGCCCCGCGGCCUGGAUCGUGCAUCACUAACACCGACAGGGACACCGGCUACAACAGCUCCCUGCAGCUGCCCGACGCCACGCUCAACUUUGCCAAGAAGCACCCGCUGAUGGACGACAAGGCUCUGGCUCGCCCCCUGCUGCUCACCAAGGGGGUCAACUUCACCAAGCUGGCGGUGGAUCGGGUCAGCGCCUUGGACCAGCGGGCGUACAACAUGCUCUUCAUCGGCACAGCGGAGGGCUGGCUGCAGAGGGUGGUGAUCUACGGCUCCGAGGCCCACGUGAUCGAGGAGAUCCAGCUGUUUGAGAACGUUCAGCCCGUGGACAGCCUGACCAUCUCACACUCCAAGAAGUACUUAUACAUCGGCUCUCGCUCCGAGGUUCUCCAGCUGCCCUUGGCCAACUGCAGCCGCUAUCAGUCACAGCCAGACUGUCUGCUCGCCCGGGACCCCUACUGCGCCUGGGACAGCGAGGGCCGGGCCUGUGUACGCAUCGACCUCCACCGCGGCUCCACCUCCUCCCUGUCACAGGACCUCAUGCUGGAAAGGUUCAGCCGGGGAAAAGCCAAGUUCGAUAAGCCUGUCUCCAUCCCCAGCCCCGAGCACUCCCGUCUGAGGAACGUAACCGUGGUGGUUGGGUCUGACAUGGUGCUGCCCUGCCAGCUGGUCUCCAACUUGGCUCAGCCCUUCUGGGUCCUCAACGACCGCGAGCUCCAGCUGGGGGACCCUGAGGUGGGUGGGCCUCGCUUCGACCGCACCCUGAAGGCACUUGUCGUCCCCGAAGCGGGCCAGAUGCAAGCGGGCCGCUACGUCUGCUACUCAGAGGAGCAAGGGGUCAAGUUUCAGACCGAACGCUACCAGGUGGCCGUGGUCGCCAGCGCCCCGGUCUUCAUGGAGGCGCGGGCUCCCGACAGCAGCAUGGGGCUCUUCUGGGUGCUGGUCAUCACCCUCGGGGCGGCGUGCCUGCUGCUCCUCGUGGCGGCGCUGUACCUGCGCAGGAGGCUGAAGCUGGCGCUGGGGAAAGGCGCCGACAUGAAGCCCCUGGAGAGCACGCUGGUCUACCCCAUCACGCUGCCCAAGGAGCCGCCUACCUUCGUGCCCAGCAAGAUGCCCAGCGACGAGGACCGCUUCUGGGAGACCGGCGCCAACUACUACUACUCGGACGGCUCGCUGAAGAUCGUUCCCGGCCACGCCCUGGGGCCCGCCAGUGUCGGCAGCACGGCGUCGCCCAGCACCAUCCCGGGCCAGCCCAUCCACUCCCCGAGCCGUCUCAGCCUCACCAACAUCCGAGGCUCGGGUAGCAAUGGCUACAUCCGCCUCAACCUGAGCACAGCAGGGGAGGAGAGGGCUAGCGGGGCCGGCGCUGGGGGCGGCGGGCUCGGGGGUCUCGGCAUGAGCGGGAACGAUUACUCCAGCCCCUUUAAGGAGGAGCUGAGGCGCACGCUGCAGCAGAGGAGCGUGCUGCCGGACGCCAACCCGGAGGAGUCAUCCGUCUAGGCCUCGUCUUCCUCCCGUCUUCGUUCCCUGAGUUGGAAAACAAAAAAACAACCAACCUACCUCUUCCUCUUCUCGAGGAACGCCUGCUCUCGCUCUCUUUCAGUGACCACGCUGUCAACUCCCCACGCUCUCUCUCUCUCUCUCUCUCUCUCUCUCUCUCUCUCUCUCUCUCUCUCUCUCGCGCCGCCAAUGCCUGAUUGGCUCACUGUAGACAUUAAUAGCACACAGCAUGUUAAAUAUCCACAGAGUCGGUCAACACGCACUCCUACUAUUGUGUUCCCAGCAACAUGCGGCCAUGUCUGGUGGCUUUUUUUCUUCUUCCACUGUGCGAUCGCCACACGUGUAAAUUUUGUAUUUAAAGAGGCUGAACACAAGAGGAGAACACCUCAAGCAUGGAAAUCAAACGAACGGCGCAACAUGUUUUUUCUGAUGGGCACAUUUUUUUUUUUUUUUAUGUUAAGUGGACCAAGUGAGGCUUCAAGUCGGCGCGCUGAAGCCACCAGUUAAUGAACGGUGGAAGUAUCUUGACUGGAAAUUACAAACUGAUUCUCUGUCCCUCUUGUCCUUUGAGACUUUUUUCAGCUUACUGCACUUAAAAAAAACUGGAAGCGCGUGUCUUCCCUUUUUUUUAGUACUUGAGAGCUGAGAGUGUGAGAGCGGUAUUAAAAAAAAAAAAAGACUAAUUAAUCUGGAAGCAAGACGACAAUCAUGUCCCGUAUAGCAGGAGCUCUGCGUGGGACCGAGAGGAGAGAGAGACAAAAGAGAAGAGGAAAUUAAAUGGAAAAUGACGUGAAUUGGAGUGAAAGACACGAGGGGGUUUUCGAAUGAAGGACAAUCUCUCAAGACUUUCUCUGCUCAAUUUAUACCCCCCCCCCCCCAUGUUGUAUUUAUCCCCCGAGAAAGUCUCUGAUUCCUCUUCCACUUUAAUUUGUCGUGACGGUUUGCUUUGAAUUAAGACAUUUCUUGUUGUUCUUUUUUCUUGUGUCUUACGGACGACGUCAGUGUUCUAACGGUUAUCGAGAGGCCCCCCCCCUGUGAAUGACAAUGUGAGGGGCAGGCGCUUACAUUCCCCCCCCCCGCACGAUGACCCACAAACGCACCUUCAAGUCCAAUAUACUAAGUGCACUCCAAAUGACAUUUAUUCAGCCGCGGGUUGUAACAAAUAUGUGUUUUGGUUGAGUCCCUUUCGGGUGUUUGUUCAUGGCUUUAGAAAGAAAAAGAAAUGGCUAUUUGCAUUCAGCUAUUUGCAGCGGAACAGAAAACGGCACACUUAAGCUGACGUGAAGACAUUAGGCAUGGAGAAUGUAGUUGAACCCUCACUGUUACGACCGCUGUGGAUGUCUCAAUAAGUGCUUUAUAUCUCACGUUUUGGGUGAGGGUGGUGACUUGCACUGCCAAGAAGGAAACUUUCCCUCACACACACACACACACACACACACACACACACACACACACACACACACACACACACACACACACACACAUUUUUACGCACGGACUCUCAGUCCUCUGAAUGCCAACGAUCCCGGACUAUCAGUGUGUCUGUGACGCACUCUUAAACCCCCAUGAUGAACCCCCUCCCCUCGUACCGACGCCCGGAGAAUGACCCGGGGCUACUGUGGACGCAAACAGAGGAAGAGCACUGUACGACAUGCGGACAGAGGAAGACUAACUGCUGGCUCCAGGCGUGAAGCUGCAGUGAACCAGUGGAAGCAGGGUCAGCUCUCUGGUGUUUUUGGACCGUGUCUGUCGGGACCAGAGGAGUCCAGAGUGAAGGAAGGGGGAGGACAACCAACGUCCCCCCCUCCUCCCCCACACCUCUUCUCCAACUGUGUACAGAGCUGAGAGAGUUGUAGAAUAUCAAAACGAUCCCGACGUUUGAAGUGGAGGAACUCAUCAUCCGCCAUCAGCACUCCACCCUCGUGUUGCAUGAUCCUCUACAAGUGGACUGUACAUCUUUGAUACGACCAUUCUCGCCGCCUCGUGUUUUCAUCCUGAGCGGACCUUUACAGACGCUGAUAUUGUGAACGAAUGAUCUCUUUGGAUUAUUUAAAGAAAAAAAACACUAAACAUGUCUGAUUUUCUGGUUCAAAGGGUUGUACAGGAAUCCGUGUUUCCCUUUUUUCUGUGCCUCUCUUCACCUUUCCGAUAAGCCAAAGUAGACUGCAGUUGCUUUUUUUUUUUUUUUUUUGUUCUAGUUGAAAUUCUUCAAUUAAUUUGAUUUGAUUCCAGAUCAAUAUUAAAGUCUCAGCAGUCCGUCCACUUUUAACGCCACUGAGCUGAUGUCUGCAGCUUUUUUUCUGAAUAUUUUAUCCACGGCUAAAUUCUCCCUCGAGCGAGACGCAGAGAUCGCUUACGGCUGAUCAAUCCACUUCCUUUUUCCGCUUUCUGUUUGAUAUGUCAGCCGUGAUCUGCCAGCUCCAGUUCUUUAUGAGAUGAUGAACCAAAAAAAAUGUAGUCCCUGUUUAAUUUGUCUGCCCCUUAAAAACCAAAUAAGUAUCUGUUGAUUCAAAGAUUAGCGAUAGAUUGGCUCCACUUUCUGUCCUGGAGGAGCGAGUGAGCUCAUCACACUGGUACUCAGAUUGUCUUCAUAUGUUUCCCUUUUUGAAGAACACGUUGCAAAGACUACAAAUGCAAAUGCGUACAGGUCUCCGCUGAUGAGAAAUGCAUGUUUGAUGUACUUUAUGUGCAUUUGUUCAGUUCUUACAUGUGUUUGCUUGUUAUAUUUCCUCACACGAGGCGUUAAGUUUGGCUUUCUUUGCUCACAUUGUUUUUUUUGUUUCUGUUGACGCUCCGGUUCUACUUUGCAUUUUUUUUGCCCGUCUUGUUAA